CUUGUUAUCUGUCAUUGUGGUUUUUAAACCCAUUUAAACCCCGAUAUUACAUACAAGGAAAAAUUAAUUUUUAAGACAUCCACACAAUCAGCUCAAAGUGUAUUGACAUUUUAACACUCGAAAACAAAAAUACAAUACACAUUGUUUUAAAUUAUCAUUAUCAUUUUUUUUUUUUAUUUUUAACGACAUAUAGCCAAGUGAAUUUUUAUAAAAGCUUUCAUUUUUAAAAAGUCAAGCAACUUUAAAUGUCGUCUCAUAAAAAAAAUUAACAUUGUUUAAAUUAUUUUUUAAAUUAUUCAAUUAUUGUCUAUUACAAGUGUUAAAUGUUGUAUUUAAAUAUUUAUUAAAAUUCAUUAAAUUAUCAAUAUAAAUAAAAUGAUAAAUUAUAAGAACAAAGAUAUAGAUCAAUUUGUGGGAACUCAUGGAAAUUUCAAUUCAUCAAUAAAAAUAAGUCUCGAUGAAAAAGAACAGCCUCAAAAUAAUCAAAAUGUAAAUAAAAAUGAUGAUACUGAUGAUGACAAAAGAUUCGAAUGGACAAAUUCAACUCAAUUUCUAAUGUCUUGUAUUGCCUACUCAGUUGGCUUAGGAAAUGUAUGGAGAUUUCCACAUACAGCAUAUGAAAACGGAGGCGGUGCAUUUUUAAUUCCCUAUAUUAUUGUUUUAUUUAUAAUUGGAAAACCAUUUUAUUAUAUGGAAAUGAUUUUGGGACAAUUUUCAAGUAAUUCGUGUAUUAAAAUUUGGUCAAUAUCACCAGCAUUUAAAGGAAUUGGAUUUGGUUUAACCGUUGCAGUAUUUUCGAUAACAACAUAUUACUGUGCACUUAUGUCUUUGACUCUUUAUUAUUUUAUUGCCUCGUUUGAAUCACCAUUGCCAUGGACAAAAUGUUCACCUGAAUGGGGUGAUACAUGUAUUGAUUCAACAUCAUCAUUUGCAAAUUCAUCAUCAUCAAAUAUUACUAAAAGUAGCUCAGCUGAAUUGUACUUUAGAAAUACAGUUCUCAAAGAAAAUAGUAUAAAUAAUGGUCUUGGUUCUCCAUCAUAUGUGUUGGUUCUAUGUCUUGGAGCAAGUUGGAUAGCAGUAUUUAUUGUUUUAUAUAAAGGAAUUAAAAGUAGCGGUAAAGCAUCAUAUUUUUUAGCAUUAUUUCCAUAUAUUAUUUUGUUGACUCUUCUUGUAAGAGCAGUUACACUUGAUGGUGCUAUUGAUGGUAUCAUUUAUCUGUACAAACCAAAUUGGAGUAUGAUUUUAAAUCCAAAAGUAUGGUAUGCAGCUGUAACACAAGCAUUUUUUUCACUUGGUGUUUGUUGUGGUGCUGUUACAAUGUUUUCAUCUUACAAUAAAUUUUCUCAUAAUGCAACAAGAGAUUGUAUCAUCAUUACAACUAUGGAUUUUCUAACAAGCCUUAUUUCUGGUACAACAAUUUUUGGUAUACUUGGUAAUUUAGCUCAUGAACUUGGAACAGAUGAUUUUAAUUCAGUUGUUAGAUCUGGUACUGGUCUAGCUUUUAUAUCAUAUCCGGAGGCACUUGGAAAAUUUACUAUACUACCAGAAUUAUUUUCAAUAUUUUUUUUUCUAAUGCUAUUUAUUCUUGGUAUUGGAUCACAAGCUGGAAUGGUUAAUGUUGUUAUAAGUGUUUUUAAAGAUCAAUUUUAUAAUGUUAAACAGUGGAAAAUAUCAUUGGGAGUUUGUUUUGCUGGUUUUAUUGUUGGAAUUAUUUACUGCACUCCGAGUGGACAGUAUAUUUUAAAUCUUGUGGAUUAUUAUGGAGGCACUUUUAUCAUAGUUGUCCUUGCGUGUUUCGAAAUCAUUGCUAUUUCAUGGAUAUACGGAAUUGAAAAUUUUUCAGACGACAUUGAAUUUAUGCUUGGCAAAAGACCAAGUUUUUAUUGGAAAUUAUGCUGGAAUUUUUUAACACCAGUUAUGCUUUUUUUGAUACUUUCUUAUUUUUUAUUUACCAUGACACCAAUUCGUUAUAACGAUGAAUAUUAUCCAACAUUUGCAUAUGUUGCUGGUUGGAUGUUACUUGCUAUUGGAGUUGUUCCUUUACCAAUUUUAUUUGGUCUUUUGAUGUAUCGAAAUCAAGAAAAAAGCUGGCAAGAUAUUUGGAAAUCAACAGAAGAUUGGGGUCCAAAAAAUUCAAAAUUACGAAAAGAAUGGAAACAAUUUAAAGAAUUAAAACGUAAAGAAUAAAUUAGUAUGAAAUUUUUUUAUUCUUUAAACUCAACACAGCUUCAAGUAAAUUAACCGAUAAUAGUAUUACAAAUAAUUAAGUGAAAAAUAUUUAAAAACUAAAUGCUUCAUAAAUAUUGGCACCAAAUGUUUUAAAUUUAUCAUCAUCAAUUAAAUUUUGUAGCCAAACUGUUGAAAUAUCAUUACAACUUGAUGAUUCAUUAA